UUUCUCAGCUGAAAUAACAGCUCUGUAGUGGUAGAAGUGAAUUUUAAUGCGCUGGAGUCGUUUUAGGACAAAUCAAAUUAAAAUUUUAUUUGACCUAUCAAUUUUUUUCUUUUAUCUUCUUAAAAAUUGAAAACAUGGCUAAAAAUAAACAGAAGGGCAAAAAGCAGCAGAAUGUCUUUCAAGUGGCUAACAAGCAGUCCAAGCCCAAGUCCAAAACUAAGCCUGUGAAGACUUCAUUAAAACAUAUAAACACCCUGAAAAAGGAGAAAGUGGAGAACUUGAACCAGGUUUUCUCUGAGGUACAGAGGGACAUGAAAAGUAUUUCAAAAUCUACAGCCAAAGAAACCAAAGGAAAAACAACGAUCGCGAGGCAGAAGCCACAGGAGUCUGUGAAUGUGGAUGGAGCUGCUCAGCUGUUCGCUCAACUUUAGUCACACACAUCAUUUCAGGACAAAGUCGUGUCUCUCAACAAGAUACAUAACAUGAAGCCAGCUAUUUAAAAAUGAUGCCUGGCUCUAAGGAAUUCUCCAGCUGUAGGAAAAUGAUCUGAGGAUUCAGAGUCCCUGUAAUAACUGUGUUAACAAUGGAAAGACUGUAUAUUAAACAACAGCUGAUAUUCAAGCCUGAAUGGCAGGUCCAUAAAAGAAAUGUCUCUGAAUUAGCAUUUUAUGUCACGUUUUUAAAUGCUUUUUAAAAACGUUUAAAAAAUUUGUCACGUGACAUAAAUGUUUUAUGUCACGUUUUUAAAUGUUUAUUAUUGUCGAAAAAAAAUUAUUAUUAGUUUUUAUAAUUAUAGUCUUUUGAACGAUAUUUUCUAUGUUUAUAAACUUAAAAAUGUAAUAGUAGAUUUAAGGCACCUGUGAUGCUCAAGCUUUUAUUAAAUUAUGCAUUAAGGCCUUUAUGGCUGCUAAGGUGCACCAGGAAAGUCCUUAAUGGAUACAGGAUGAAACGUUCUGCAGUUUGUCCUUUUCAGACUGCUGCAGGUCCAUUGCCUAGUUUAAAACAUUUGUGUGAAAAAGGUGUCUCCUGAAUCAAAAGCCACCAGCCAGUCUGUUCUGGGCUAGUGUGUCUUGUCCCAGAGUGCCAUUUGACUCCAAUGAGGAGAACCAGUUUUACAAGGAGGUAAUUUAUCACUGAAAAAUUGCCCCGGAAACCUUUGCCUGCCUGAUUUUUUUUCCACAUAAAACUUUUCCCUCUGAUAGCCUCACAUUCCAUAUGCCCCUGUAUCCUCUGAUUCAGGCAUACCUCUUUAAGAUUUUAUAACUCCAGUGGGUUAGGUUCUGUGCUAUUUCAUGUAAAGAGAAUGCAUUAUUAUGAAUUAAGGCAAAUGAUCAGGAACUAGAUCUGGAUGAGAUCUGAACAAGAAAAUAAUUUGGAUAGACCUCUUUAUUCUGAAUGCGCUGUUCUGUUGGGAUAGUGCCUUCGUCCAUGAAGCAAUAAACAACUUUGGUCAAAGUGGCAACUUUUUUGGGGUCUGAAAUCAGUGAGGCUUUAACCACUGAAAAGUCAAUGAUGGGUGUGUAACUUGUUCAUCAGGUUCAGUGAUCAUGAAGCUCUGAUCAGGCCUGUGGAGCUUCAGAGAAUGCCUGAGUGUUGAUGUGGCCUGACAGCCGUGUGACUGGUUCUCUCUGUCCUGCUGUCUGUAUGAUUUCAAAGCCUGAAUUCUCCUUUCUAGAGCCUUUAUCCACAACCCCAAGGACAGCCUAGGCACAAACCUGCAUACUAAGUCAACUAUAUAUAUACUGUACCUUUAUUUGGGGUUUGUUUACUCUUAAAACAUGAUAACCUGCAAUAAAUCUGUUUACUAUUGGUUAGAAAAGGGCUAGACCCUGAAGUUUUUACUGAGUAUAAAACUUGCACAUGUAUUACUUUGUCCAAAGCAACUAUUCCGACACAAGUAACUGAAUAAAGACAUUUUGCCUCUUAAAAACAA